GCAUGGUCUUGGAUAAAGGAGAGUCCCCGGGAGGAGUGAUCGACGGAUUGACGGGUGGAGCAGUUUGGCUGUUUAGGGCCUCCCACGAUCCUGCCACCUGCUCUCCCGGAGCGCCCCUACAGCAGAAGGGAGGACGAGGGCGGCUCCCGAGCCCGGGAAACCCUACGCCACGCCCACGUACACGCCUCCGGGAAGGCCACGCCCCCUCGAGCCCAGCCGGCCUGAGGUGCGCGGCGGGAGCGGAGGGAGAGCGCGCGGUGGCUUCGUCCGUGUGCCCUGUGCCCGGCGCUCCUCGCGUGGCCCCGCGUCCUGAGCGCGCUCUAGCCUCCCACGCACGCCGUCCCGGGGUUCACUGAGCCCGGCGAGCCCUGGGAAGACAGAGAAAGAGAGGCCAGGGGGGAAACCCCAUGGCCCGGCCCCUGUCCCGCACCCUGUGCGGUGGCCUCCUCCAGCACAGGGUCCCCGGGUCGCCUCCGGUCCCCGCGAUCCGGAUGGCGCACGCAGUGGCUGGGGCCGGGCCGGGCUCGGGUGGCCGGAGGAGUCACCACUGACCGGGUCAUCUGGAGCCCGCGGCAGGCCGAGGCCCAGGAUGAGGCGCUGGAAGGCGGCGGCCCUGGUGUCGCUCAUCUGCAGCUCCCUGCUCUCUGUCUGGAUGUGCCAGGAAGGUCUGCUCUUGGGCCACCGCCUGGGACCCGCGCUCACCCCGCUACGACGCCCUCCACGCACCCUGGACGCCCGCAUCGCUCGCCUGGCCCAGUAUCGCGCUCUGCUGCAGGGCGCCCCCGACGCGGUGGAGCUUCGAGAACUUUCUCCCUGGGCUGCCCGCAUCCCGGGACCGCGCCGUCGAGCGGGUCCCCGGCGUCGGCGUGCGCGACCGGGCGCGCGGCCGUGCGGGCUGCGUGAGCUCGAGGUGCGCGUGAGCGAGCUGGGCCUGGGCUACACGUCGGACGAGACCGUGCUGUUCCGCUACUGCGCAGGCGCGUGCGAGGCGGCCAUCCGCAUCUACGACCUGGGCCUGCGGCGCCUGCGCCAGCGGAGGCGCGUGCGCAAAGAGCGGGCGCGGACGCACCCGUGUUGCCGCCCGACGGCCUACGAGGACGAGGUGUCCUUCCUGGACGUGCACAGCCGCUACCACACGCUGCAAGAGCUGUCGGCGCGGGAGUGCGCGUGCGUGUGACGCUACCUCACGCCCCGACCUGCGGAAGGCCCUGCCGACCCCCCUCGCGAGAACUGAAGUCACAUAAAGUGUGGGAACUCCCA